AUGAGACAAUUCGCACGGGAUUUGAUGAUGACUACUCAUAAAACAGUUAAGAACACCGUAUGCAGAUUACGCAACGUUAGUGAAAUGUUGUCAGCAAUUUCAGCAAUUAGAGUAUACUUAGCCCUGAUACAGCCUUGUGUUUCUCCAAAUCUAACACAUACUCACUCUGGAAUAUUUAACAUCCACAUCCGUGCAAACCAUGAAAGCUUAGAUCGCAAGUUGUCUUUGGAGAGCUGCACGGGGAAUUAUUCGGCAACCUGCCUUUGUAAAAAACAUAUCCGGCUUCUCCAUACAAGGCCCGGCUUGAUCUACCGAGAUGACCAAGUUCUGUAA